AUGCGCAGGUCCCUUUUCUCACUCUUGCCUCCCCGCAAACCCGCCCAAAAGCAGGCGCUCACCUUGGCGCAGCUGUCGGCUUACGAUGACAUCCUGACCGAUGCGCUGGUAGAUCACGUCUUUUACUGGACGACGAUUCCUAAGAACAGGCCGUCGUACCACCCUCUCGCGGAGGCGGAGGAACGGCUUAUUCAAACCGACGGGCUUCGCAAGUUCCUCGCAUCCCUCAAGACCGACAAGGAGAAGGACGAUUUCCGGAAACACCUCCGUCGCUAUUUGAGCAUCUACUCCCCAGACUGCGCCUUUGAAGUCUGCUCGACGAACCGGUACACCAUUACGACGCACGAAGCCUGCAUCGCGGCACGACGAGCGAUCCGGAAAGACGAGACCAUCAAGUACCUUACCGGUAUCCAGGUCGCCAUUACCCCCAAGGAGGAGGAAGAGAUUUCUCGUCGAAAGAAGGAUUUCAGCAUUGUCGUGAGCUCCCGUAGCAAGAGCACGAGCUUGUUUAUGGGACCAGCCCGCUGGUAUGGAGGUGGUCGCCACGAGGACAUUGCCGUCGGCGAAGAGAUUACCGUGACGUAUGGCGACAGCUAUUUUGGCGAGGACAACUGCGAAUGUCUCUGCAAGACCUGCGAAGACUUGUUCGUAAACGGAUGGGCCCCCGCAGAUGGCCAAGCCCCUUUGGCGCUGAGCAUCGAGCGCGAUUCUACGCAGGGCUACUCGCUCCGGCGAAGGAGGAGAGACGAAAGCAGCUGCUCGAGGUCCCGAACGCCUUCAUUGACGCCAGACAUACGACCCCGCAUCUCCAAGGCCCGAUCUCGAAGCUCUCGUUUCGACUUAGCCGCAGGCUCACCCCUGGAGGAGCCCGUCUCCGUUGGCACCAAGCGGCCGCGCGGACUACUAGCGACCCCACCUUUUACGCCUUCCGACGAUUCCACGGAUCAGUCCGUAAGGAGCAGUUCGCUUCCCAGCGCCACCGAUGGGUCGACGCCGUUGACGGAUAUCUCGUCGCCUCCGAAGCUUUGCUCCUCUACGUUGGAGGCUAACCCGCUAGACAAGGCUACGGAUCCGGAUGCGCAGUUGAAGCAGGAAGAUGCGGACGAGGCUCAAAGGUCAGAACCCGAGACGGCCUGGAUCCACUGCACGAUAUGCAAUGCGGCUUUUGUCCAGUACAACGCGUAUUACACGCGGAGCGCCUGUCCGCGAUGCGAGCGCCAUUCCAAGCUGUAUGGCUACGUUUGGCCCAAGACGGAAAAGCUUGAUAACCGUGACACAGAGGAGCGCAUCUUGGAUCACCGGACAAUCCACCGUUUCCUGGACCCCGAAUCCGAGGCGAAGGUGAGGGGAAGGAAGAGAGUAGUAUCGGAAUGUGAAUUGGGCGCUGUAGAAUCGCCCGCGGUGCAGGAGCUGGACACGAGCGGGCUUCGACGUAGUGGCCGAACGCGAAGGUCCAACUGUCUCCAGGCGUAA